AUGGAACUUAAAGUCAAGACUCUUACGGGCAAGGAGAUUGUGGUUAACGUGGAUCCCGACGACAAAGUUUACCAAAUCAAGGAGGUUUUGGAAGAAAAAGAGGGCAUUCCUACAUCCCAACAGAGACUAAUUUUCCAAGGAAAGCAAAUUGAUGAUGAGAAAACUAUCCAGUCGGUCAAUCUCAGCACUGGCAUGCAAUUGCAUCUGGUUUUGACUUUGAGAGGGGGAAACUAA